AUUAAAACUGCAAUACAGAGGCAGUUCCUAAUUUGAACUCAUCUUUGAACACAUUAUAACCUGUGGUAAAAUAAAAUACCAAAAAAUGAGGAACACAGCUCUCAUUUUAAUUUCUGCCUUAAUAAUCCCAGUUUUUGUUGCUGACAAAGGCAAGAAUUAUGCUAAAGAAAAUGUUUGCCAAGUGCUCAGAACCACUGGAAUUGAUAAAUUCAGAGAAAUGUUCACCAUCCUGUACAGUCAAAAGUUCCCAUAUGGCACAUUUGAGGAGGUGAAUUGUGUGGCAGAUGAAAUGACAAAACUUGCAGAAAAAUGCUGCAAAGAUGAUGCCAGUCCUGACUGCUAUGACAAAGGAGCCACAGAGAUCUCUGAGAAGUCAUGUGGAAAGGACUCUCCAUUUCCUAAACAUCCAGACAUUGAGCAGUGCUGCACACUUCAGGGUCCUGAGAGGAAGCUUUGUUUGGCUUCUCUACGGUACACUAGUGAUGAGCUGCCUUCCCUGCUGGAGCCCACAAAUGAAGAGAUCUGCACUCAGCACACAGAAGAUGGCAAGAGCUAUGCUGUCAGGUACAUCUAUGAGUUUGCCCGGCGGCACAGGAGCAUCCCAGCAGGCUUUGUACUUAAUGCUACUCAGUACCAUGUGAGAAUGGCCGAGAGAUGUUGCCACCCUGCUGUCAAAAAUACUUGUUUCCUCCAAGAGAAACUCCAGCAGAGCGGCUUCAAGAUUUUUCUGAGGUUUCUCUCCAAUAAUUGCAACAACCAGGUUAACUUGAAAUCCUACAGAUCUGGGUUGUCUGCAUAUUAUGGAAAUCUCCUUGGAGUGUCCUUUGAAGAGGCAUCAACCCUUUCCAGUCAUUUCCAAUCUGGGCUUGAAAAAUGUUGUUUACAGCCCCAACCUGCAUGUAUAAUCGAAGAGCUAACAAGCUUUCAGAAAGUUCUCUGCAAUGAAUCAAAACUGGAGGCCAUGUCUAAGGAAUUUCAAAGGUGCUGCAGGAAAUCUCCCCUGGAUUCGUAUACCUGUGUGGACGACUUAAAAAGACAGCCCCAUCACUCCUCAGAUUUAACACAUCCCCUUUCAUCCCAGCUCUGCAAAGAAGCCCAACCUCAUGGACUUGACAGAUAUUUGUUUCUGAUUGGAGUGAGACAUGCAUCUAUUUCUCUGCCUGUGAUGACAACCGUCCUUGAUCAAAUCAAGAACACAGUAACAGUGUGCUGCUCGGCUGCUGAUGUCACGGCAUGUUUAACGGAGAAGGAAAGUACAUUGAAAAAGACAACUGCACUACUGUCCAAGAUUGAUGACACUUGCUUGCAGUACUUCAAACUUGAGCUGGCUGCAUUCAAAACUAUGAUGCAAAGGGAGGCGCAGGGGGAGAGAGCCAAGAUGAGGGCCCAAGCAUGGGUGGAGCUAGCCACUUCCUGCUGUUUCCAGCACUCCCCUGCACAACUCUGCCAAAAAAUGACAGAGGAGGUCAUUAAAUAUGACAAUGACACUGGGGUUUAAAUACGUGUUCAAAGAUUUUCUUUUGAGCACCAUCAAUUACAUUGGAUGAAGAGAUCAUCUACAUUCCUUCUGUAAUAAGAAAUGUCAUACCUCUCACGCUCUGAAAUGUUUUAUUAUCUUUAAAUAAACUUUCCAAUUGCUUCAAAAUAAAAAA